GUAGCGGCUCUAAUCCUUUCCAGCAUUUGGAGAAGAGUGCUGUGCUUCAGGAGGCACGUAUCUUUAAUGAGACCCCUAUAAACCCACGAAGAUGCCUGCACAUCCUUACCAAGAUCCUUUACUUGCUGAACCAGGGUGAACACUUUGGAACCACUGAAGCCACAGAAGCUUUUUUUGCAAUGACCAGAUUAUUUCAGUCUAAUGAUCAAACCCUUAGAAGAAUGUGUUACCUUACUAUCAAAGAGAUGGCCAAUAUUUCUGAGGACGUCAUCAUUGUCACAAGCAGUUUGACCAAAGACAUGACUGGGAAGGAAGACGUGUACCGAGGCCCGGCCAUCAGAGCGCUCUGCAGGAUCACUGAUGGUACGAUGUUACAAGCCAUUGAGAGAUACAUGAAGCAAGCCAUUGUGGAUAAAGUCCCCAGCGUGUCCAGUUCUGCACUGGUGUCCUCCUUACAUAUGAUGAAGAUCAGUUACGACGUAGUCAAACGGUGGAUCAACGAAGCUCAAGAAGCAGCUUCUAGUGACAACAUCAUGGUGCAG